AUGGAGGAAUUCAAUGCUUGUAUCAAUGACUGCCACAUGGCCCCUGUCAGCACAUCGGGCCAUAAAUAUACGUGGUGCAAUAACUUUGAGAGUAGGCCCCGCACUUGGCAAACUCUUGACAGAUUCUUACAAUCCUCCGAUUUGUUGAUCUCGGGGAACUUGUCUGCCCAUGCUCUCCAUAGAUCUUUCUCUGAUCACUCUCCUAUCAUUCUUUCUUGGAAUAAUCAAUCUUAUUAUGGUCCUAGGCUUUGUAGAUUUCAGAGAAUGUGGACUCGUCAUGAAUCCUUCAAAGCUCAGGUCCUCCAUAUUUGGCAACGUCCUCGGUCUCACCCUCCCAUCAUUGAUAUUUGCAUGAAACUCAAGUCCCUCCGAUAUGCCCUUAAACAAUGGAAUUCCACCAUUUUUGGCAAUAUUUUCACUCAAAAGAAGGAUCUUGAAAACGAUAUUCUUCGUAUUGAAUCCUCCCUUCAGGCUCAAUGGGACCCCUCCUCUCAUUCUGAGCUGCAGUCUUUCAAAGCUAAAUGGCACGAAAUUGUUAUCCGGGAGGAAAUUUUCUGGAAACAAAAAAUGGGUAUUAGAUGGCUUAAGGAAGAGGUCCCGCUGCUAUUCAUCAGGCGGCAGGGUUCCUCUGCUAUUCAUCAGGCGGCUAUUAACCAUCUAUCCAGUCUCCUGUCCUCUGAGCCUCAUUGUGUGCGGGAAGAAUUGUUGAGCCUGAUUCCACCUUCGAUUCAGGAUGACACAAAUGCUUUCCUCAUUGCUCCUUUUUCCAUCGACGAAUUAGCUAGCGCUGCCUCCUUCAUUCCAGCUGAUAGUGCUGCUGGAAUUGAUGGUUUCUCCUCUUCUUUCUUCACUUCCCAAUGGAGAAUCGUCGGUAAUUCUAUCCUUGAAGCUGCGAAUGAUUUUCUUCUUCACAAAAAACUUCCGGGUGUAUACAAGGGCUUCUUUAGUAGUUCUAGGGGUCUCCGUCAAGGAGACCCUCUAUCCCCCAGUCUUUUCAUAUUAGCUGAGGAAGCCCUCUCCCGUGGUCUUGAGAACAUGAUAUCUUUUGACGCGAGGUUUUCCACUACCAAGGCCACUUGUCCCUCUCACCUUUUGUUUGCGGAUGACCUGAUCAUUUUUACCAAUGCAGCGCGUAAAUCCCUCAAUCUCAUUUUGAAGAUCAUUGAUAUUUAUUCUCAAAGUUCUGGUCAACAACUAAACCUAGCGAAAUGUCGAUACUACAUUAAGUCUAAAGCUCCCCGUGAGCGCAAUAGAGUUAUUGACAACACUCUUCAUUUCAUCCGUGGUCUUUUUCCAAUGACUUACCUUGGUGUUCCGAUUGGCCCAGGUCAACGUAAAGCUGCUCCUUUCCUCCCUCUUGUUGAUAGGAUUAAAGUCUGCCUCCAAGGGUGGCAAGGAAAACUCCUUAGCCAAGCAGGUAGACUCAUUUUGAUAAAACACGUCCUAUCGAGCAUGCCGAUCCAUCUUCUUUCUGCCAUCUCUAUCCCUAAAUCCGUCCUCUCUAAAAUUGAAAGUCUGUUUGCUAAUUUUUUCUGGGGAUCCUCGGAGUUUGCCACAAAAAACAUUGGAUUUCUUGGCAUAAACUUUGUCGUCCUAUGUCCAAAGGGGGGCUUGGAAUUCGUAAAUUAA